AUGCACUCUAUUCACAGCAAUGAAAAAGGUCUUCGUCCCUCGAUAGUAGAAAUUGUCCAAAAGCAGCGACGUUAUCUCUGUCGACUCCGUACGCUAUCGACUGCAUUGCGUCGAGAGGGAGACAACGAAAGUGGGUGGAUUUGUACGCGUGCGCUGGGAACCACUACAAUGUCGAAGCAUUUGCGGCGUUCCCAGACCACGUCGGGCCCCGUGUCGAGCGAUGCGGACGUGGACACCGCCGCCAACGCCAACGUGAAUCCCUUCGACGUUGACGUCGACUUUGCGCAGGUACAGAAACGUCGGGAGCGUGCCAAAGCAGCGAAAGAUGCCACCAGGGAGCCGGAAGAACGACCCAUUCUCGAACAAAUGGAUCACGAUCUCGGGGACGCAACGACUCCCACCAACGUUGAUGUACCUCCCACGGUUGCAUCCACCACGUCCAAGCGGAGGGACCGGACUCGUCCUAAAAUUGUAACCAGGGCCAAAACGACCGGAUCGGAAAUCCCGGAUUCCUCCAAGAAAAAGUCCUUUUUUGGUUUCAAGUCCACCGUGCAAGAGGAAAUCUUGCUGGACCAAGACCGCGACAUGGAACCCAUCAUGGUGGGGACUAAAUGUUUGGCAAUCUGGCCCUACGACGACUACCAUUUGGUGCAAAAAAUGUACUACGAAAAACUGGAACACAGGAUGGAUGACGACGCGCAGCCUCGCACGCCCUCCUCGUCUUUUCUGUCCGCCAACAGCAAAAACGGCCUGUCUUCGCCGACCAUGCCCGAUUCCUCCAUUCCGAUUUUCAGCCGGCCGCCGGAUCCCCCCGAUAUCCCGUCCGCCGUCAAGGCUCUUUCCCUUACGGAGUUUGAACGCGUUGCCGAAGAACGUUCCACCGCCAUUGUUUCGACCUGGCUUUUUGAUGCCGGACUUAUUGACGAACUCCUCGUCAAUGGCGGCAUGACCGGCAGUUCCUGGAAGGACACGGCCAGCGUCGACGGUAGCGUACAAACGUCCGAAGGCAUCGAAGUCGGAGCGAUGGGCUUUCCCAUUGAAGGCAGCACCAAAAUGGAUAAGGAGAUUGCUAAGCUCCGCAACGCUACCAAGCGCCAACUGGCGUUGAUCAACGCUCGUCUGAACGACGGGGUAGCCGCGACCGGCAGUGAAGUACAAGAAUUGGUCAACGCCGUUAUUUGCACUAAAGAUGACGUUGGUCGGCUCCGUGAACUGUCCACGUACGUUUCCAACACCGACAGUGUCGAACACGCGAACCGGUUCAUGCUUGCCAAGUAUCCCAAGCUCAAACAAGCCAUUAAUGCCCGACGGAACUUGGCUCGUUGUUUCCGCGAACUGGACUUUUUUAGCCAAAUCCCAUCCUCGUGCGAGCGCUUACGCGAAGAGCUGCACUCCGGUGAAUGGACAGCGCACGAGUGGUCCUCUUUGCGCAGCGUCUGCCGCGAACACGUCGAACUGGAAAUAUUUUUGGUAGAAGCCGAGGCCGGUAUGAAGAAGCGCCUCGAGGAUGGUGGAGAAGAGAAUGCUAGUACUCGUAGUUCUCGUCACCGUAAGCAACCGGACAAGUUUGGGCGACAGGUGUUUGCACAGUCCGGACUGCAGCAACAUAAAGAUGAAGUCGUCGAUCGAUUUUUGGGCGAACACGUGGAAAAUGUGUGGGAGCUUGGUGACGAAAUUCGAAUACGAAUCAUGAGCGGUAUUGCGGCCUCGUUUGAUUUGGCCAUGAACAACCCCGCGGGAAUGGUGGCACUGGUGGAAGCCAUUGAAGUCUACGAAUCAGCCAGUUCUGAAUACAAGCAAGUCCACGGAGAAGAAGCAGGUAGCAGUCAGACCUUGCGAUUCACCGAUAUGCGUGCUGCUGCUCUCGGAGAGCUGUACAAAGACUUCGAGGCUCGUGGAUUAGAUGUUUUCCGAGAGCUUACAAUGCAGGCAGCCGACCUUGCUGAGGAAAAGGAGGCGUCAAACAAACAAUUCAGUGCGGUCCUGAGAUCAGCGAACGAGUUGACCUCCGAAAUUGGCUUGGUCAAAGAACAGAUGGCGCCGUGUUUUCCUCCAAAUUGGUGCAUUGAAACUCUGUGGACGACAUGUGUGGCUCACGUGUGUUCCAACAACAUCUUGCAACAGAUUGGUGGACCGGAAGGCCACAAGCUACCGGACUUGACCGUGACUCAAUUGCUGGAUUUGGUAGCAUGGGUGGAGACCUUUCGUGAAAUUAUCGAAGAGACCUUUCCCAAUAUGGAAGGAAUUACCUCAUCGCGGACUUAUUUUGACAAGGCGCCCAAAUUAUUGGGAGACGACAGCAAAACAGUCGACAUCGAGCUUGCUCGCGAUAGUUUGGCCUGGGUGAACAAUACUUUGUGGGAAGUACACGACCUGGCCAAGGACGAAUUCCUUUUUCGAACAAAAGAACAGACGGAAGAAUGGCUCAACAACGUUUACGAGGCGCAACACGAAAAGAGCCAGACAGCCGAAGGCUUUCUGGUCACGUCCCUUUGCGAGGACGUUUAUUCGGUGGCUGGCGUGCAGCUCCGAACUAUUCGGGAGCGCCUCACCCGACGAUCCGAAGCGUUGGUUCAAGCGGUCGGUGUCAUCUUCAAGAAUUUGUACGAGAAGCAAAUUGAGUGUCGUGACCGUUUCUGUAUCGAUUUGGAGACUUGCUGUGCGGCUUCGAACGAUUUUAUUCGUAUGAGUGAAAAAUGCGAAGAACUCGUCGAAGAGAUCAAGGAGGAGUGCAACCUGACCAAUGAAGGGACCGCCACGCUAGAAGAACAAACUGCCGCCCUUUUGGGCCUGUACAGUGGGGAUGCAGUGUAUGCUGCCCAAAAGACGCAUUUAUACUGCUUCCAACCCAUUGAAGAGGAAGUUGCCGACGAACUGUUUGGCGAAGAAUGGCUGGACGUUUUGACGAACAACGAACUUGCCUUGACGAUCGUCCGUACCUUGGAUGACUUUAUGGAAGACCUCGAAACCUUUUUGGACGAAGUCAUGGUACAAAGGACUAUUGAAGCACAAAUCUCCGCGUCGGUGAAUUUCUACCUCAAGUGCCUCUUGACCCGUUCCAAGUAUCACGGUGGACGCGGUUCGAUGUUUAGCAAUACCGAAAAGGCGAUUCAUCGUAUGCGUGGCGACGUGACGACAAUGAGGGAUUACUUUGACGGCUUAUCGGAAUCCACUCCCACUCUGAAGCGUGUGAUUGAGCGAGAGUUUGGUCUUUUGGAUACCAUCGUUGAGCUCUUGACAGUUGCUUCUGGCCAGUCCAAGAGCGAAGUAAACGACUUUAUCCUCAUGCUGCAAAAGCGCGUCCGCAACAUGGCUAUCACCAAGUACGUUGUCGGUGACUUGUACCAUCUCGUCAAUCCCAGCAAGGAGAAGGAAAUUUAUGAUUUGGUGGAUAGUAUGGAGUCGGACAUGAAUGCGGUCGCCCCGACCGACGAAAAGGCUAUUGAGGCGGCGAGGGAUCGUAUGAGCGUCCCUGGGCUCCGGGUGGAUCAAACGAUGGCUGAACACUGCGCUUCCUCGCAGCGAAAACGACCACUACAAAAGGGUCCGCUGGAGCGGGCCGAAGCCGCUUUGCGCAUGUGGCGUGGUAAAGACUAGUGGAAACAACCAAACAUGAUCUUUUGGGGAAUAGUCUGCGUUACAGUGAUGGUCACGUUGCUUC